AUGCCACAUCACACACAAGCAGAUAUCAGCCGCAUACUCAACAACUUCAGACACCAAUCAGGGCGCAGAACAUGGGGCUUCGAUGUGUUCUACUGCCCAAUCGAUCUUUUCGAGCACAUUGGCGAAAUCGUAGUCCUAUAUGAGUCACAGCGCGACCAGCAAGAGAUUGCUAUGCUCAACAACAUCGACAAAGCAGUCCGCAUCAUUAACGCAAUUCAAAUCUGGUCUAUGCCCGUCGAAUCUAAGCUACGCCACCACACAAUCGAAGUAUGGCGAACGGGCAUCCUACUUUACUUGGCUCGCCUGUUCCAUCUUACUAACGAUAUCUUGAACAAAGCGGAUCUGAUCGAGACUAUUUUCCAUCACAGACACGCAAUACCUUCCAACACAAGCUGGAGCUACGCAACUUCGUGGCCGUUGUUCCAAGCUGGGUUAUUGCUGACCAGUGAAGACCAUCACAAGACAUGGCUUCGAAACGAGUUACACUCUAACUUCCAGACCCUGGGAUGCUUUCACCAAAAGCUUGCUGUCGAUGCUUUGGAUCAGCUGUGGCAGGCCAACGACGAUGUGUUGGAUCCUUUAUUGGCGAUCAAGUCUCCCUUUCGAAGAGCUAUCUUCUAUUGA